CUCGUUAUUUCAUUCUACAGAGGGGCAUUGGGCGUGGGGUACGCUAGUGUGGGACUGCAGCACUCCAGGUCGGCGGUGCUGCACGCGCAGGUGCCGCCCCACUACCGACCCGUGAUGCCGCCUCACGCGCUCCUCAAUAGCGCCUCCAGCGGGAACGUGCCACAUGCACAGGGGCCACGCGUGCACUUCAAGCUGCAACCACAGACUAUCAUUCCUGAGAAGAAGAAAUCCCCUCCGUCGUCGCUGACGAAUGGUAACGGGAAGAGCAUCCGUCCACAAUCGUUUACACCAGGAUUGAAAAGGUCAAAGUCCUUAACGUCAGCGGAUGCACUCGCAAGUGGCAUGGCGGCCCUGGGUCUGGCAGCCGACGCCGGCGACCUUGGUACAUUCCCGCCGGAGAUUCAAGAGUGUAUUGAUAAAGCCCUGGAAGAUCCGAAUGCUGUGUGCGCCCGUACCCUGAUGGACGCUGUGGGGCACCUGGUCUCGCGCGCAGUGGAGUCGCCGCGGUACGCGCUGCCGGCCGCCCGCCGCUGCAUCGCCGUGGUUGAGCGCGAGCAGACGGAAACCUUCCUCGAGUCGCUGCUUAACACGUGCCAGCAAUGGUACCACGAUAGGGACAAGCUGUUGGGCGCGAUGAUCGGCGGUGGUCGACCUCGGUUGAUGGCGUUCCUGUCGUUCUUGCUGGAGAUGUACUGCCAGCUGCGGCGCCGGGCCAUCCAGCGACGGGGAGCCAGCGCCCAGCCCGGGCACGUGCUGCUCGCGCUCAUCUGCAAGUGCUGCGAGGACUGCAUCAGGCAGCCGGUGCCUUCUGCUAGUGAUACUGAGAAUCUGUUCUUCGUACUGACGUACAUAGGCCGAGACUUGGAAACUCAGCUACCUGGAGAUUUGGAGCGAUUACUUACAGCCGUCCGUGACGCUUUCCUCAAUACUGCCGCGGCUCCUUCCAUCAGGCGUACUUUACUGCAGCUUAUAGAGCUUCACGCAUCCCGGUGGCAGUUACCAGGAUGCGCAGUUCUUUAUUACUAUCCUUCGUCCAAAUAGCACGCUGUGCAAGGUGGUAGGUUGCAAUGAUAUUGUCAUCCAUAUAAACCUAGAAUCGGAUGUUCGUUAAUAUCUCACAUUAUGGAUAUUAUUGCAGGGCAUAUCAUUUUAAAUCAUCUUUGAUGAUUGGCCUUAUUUUAGAGCUAAAUAAAUUAAUAUAUUUAGACGGAUGAGGGUUUUAUCGUGAGUAUCUUGAUGUGAUGGAAGUCGCGAACUGAAUUUAAUCUUGUGGGAUUUAUAGAUUCUUUGUUAUUCUCACUAAGAAAGGAUCGUGUUUCAAAAAGCAAAGGUUACGAGCAUUUCUUAAUCGAGUGUUCGCUCGUGUUUCUUUCUUAGUACUGUUGCGUUAGUUAAUGUACAGGAGGUAUGGAAUUGUCUUCUGUCGUAGGCAUAAAGCUGCCAUAAGCUCAUAUUAUUGUGCCUUUAAAAUAAUUUAAUGGAUAUUUAACAUUUUAUCGUCACUUUCAUGCAACAAAUUUUAAUAAAAAUAUUGAAAGUGUGGUAAAGUGUAGUAUUUAUAAGAUUUUGUUAUUAGCUUAAGGUGGAUUCGAAAAAAAAAUCUUUAUGCCUGGAAAGUAUUAAAAAGGUACAUUGUAGAUUAAUUUGUUUGGACAAAUUGACAGUGUACACUACUGUACGAUUCUCGCAUAGUACUUUGUGCAUUGUAUCCUUGUCGUAUUCUAAUUUAGGUAUACAUUGCCAUCUAUUAAUAGCACUAAAUAUCUUGCUUGUUGUAUCGUUUGCAUAGGAUUCAAUUAUGUUUAGUAAUUAAGUUACAAUGCACUUAUUCCCAACAUAAUUUAGUACUUCAUUGCACUCAGGUAUUUAAUUUAUGUUUCAAAAAUGUUUUAGGAUUUGUAUCAAAAUUAAAAAAAUAAACGUUUGACUGAAUUGUUUGUGGAAGUGAAACUAUCUCUGUUUUAUGCUUGUGAUAUUAUAAAUUUAAGGUUUCUGGUAUAUUUUUUCUGUCCUAACCAAAGACUGUAAUGAAUGGGAUAUUUCGUUUUUAUUUUUUAUUAACAAAAAAGAAAACUUGUUGAAGCUGGACCAAAUUUCUUGUUUCGAGCUCAUUAUCUGAGGUUGUGUACGAGUGAGCGAGGAGACGUUCAUUAACUUAACCUUAGAUAGCUCUUAUCAAUAUAUAAUUAUCAAACUAAUUUAAAUGAAUAAUAUGGGAAAUAUAUUAUUUAAAAAGACCUUUGACUUUUCAUAAUAAUGCAUUCUUAGCGAUUUAAGUUAAAAAUACGUUUGUAGAAAAAAGUUGAAAUUAAAAAAAUGGUGCUAACAAAAGAGAUAUUGGUGUAUUGUAUCUUUAUUCAUUAAUCUUAUUACGGGCAAUAACGUUGUUUUUUGUUACCGCUGUAGUUUUUGUAUGAAUAAAGCACUUAAAGGAUUAUAACAAUAAAAUAUUAGAAAAUUAAAAA